AUGUGGCGAUGGUCAACCGGAGUUCGAACUAUGCUCGGCUAUGCAAUGUGCUUCCUUGCAUUAGGGUCUGCGCUGACCGUACGCCUGCAUAGCACACGCACCAACCUGCCGCAAUACCUCACGAGAGAGAUUGGGGACGAUGAAUUCGAAGAAUUACUCCGCAGCAGUGCUUCAGCAGGGCACAAGUGGCACGUGGAACAGUUUGUGGAUGGCUCGAGGUGUUACGUACCUGAGACCGAGCAGAACAUGGCGCCUGUGCCGGACGACCUGCUGGAACGCGGUAUAAAGCUUGUGGAGGAGGCGACCGUUGGAAAGAAGUUGGAGUAUCUUCCAAUCAGCUACUGGGGGUACAAGUUUAUCAAUAGCGAAUUGAACAAAACGGUGAUCCAACAUAAGGACCAGCAUCAAGUGUUGCUGGGUAGUAUGGUGAAGGCCGAUCCACAGACUGUGCAGCACAGUCUGGAAAGGGACGAGGACUCAUACUAUAUCAGCGAAAGGUUCGGCGAUGGUGAUCUGUGCUCGCUACUUGAGGAAGACCGAACCGUUGAAGUCCAGUACCGGUGUAAGUAUGAUACUCCUCUCGAGAUCAUAUUGGACCUUAAGGAAUACGAAACCUGUCGGUAUACGAUGCUAGUGUCUAUUCCCAGCUUAUGUGAGCUUCCAGAGUUUGGACCGUACACUAGGCAAACACCAGCUAACACUAUCUACUGCACAGCGCCCGCGACGCCAGAGUUCAACAUCGCAACGCUAGUAGAAGCCUACAAACCUACGUUUCUCGGCCAUGGCUUCUACCACUUGGCCCCACACGCGAACUUGACUCACAAAGAAACAACAGCCAUGUUGAUGUAUCAUCAGCAGCCAAUCCCUGGUAAUGAAGAAGACGAUGGGACGAUGGACAGUGCCUUUAUUAAGCACUCAACUAUGGCAUACAUGCAGCUUCUUGAAAUGGGGCUAUUGAACGGUCCCGAUGGCCUGCCAUUUUCAGAGGAAGGGAAUUUCACAGUUUAUGCGAAAGUUAUUGGCUUCGACGGCGGACUGAUAACUGUAACCAGAUUCCAGAUUUCUCAUGGGGAAGUAAUAAUAGAUCAUGUAGUUCCCGAGGUUUUAGAGGACAUGGAACAAGGGAAUUCCGAGGACUAUGAACAGCAGGCGCCAGAACAACUAGAUGAAGAAGAGGCAGAAUUAACUAGCCAAUCGGAUGAUCCAGCUAUUAUGCGAGUGCAUUUGCAAGAAUUUAUUACACCAGAAUAUGAUGCUAUAGAAUAG